AUGAUCACUGGCGCUUCUUCCUCUGAUAUUGUUCGUAUUGUUAAUUCAAGCCCUAGACUUCUUAGAAGAAGCUUAGAGAAUCAUAUAGUUCCUGCAUAUCAAUGUGCAAAAGGGUUUCUUCAAUCUGACAAAAAAACCAUUGCUUGUGUUAAACGUUUUUGUUUUCUUUGUCAAAGUGGGCUGCCUGAAAAUGUCAAAUUGUUGCUUGAUAAUGGAGUUUCUCACUCUAAUAUUGCUAGGCUGUUUCAUUGGUGGCCUAGUAUAAUUUGCUCAUUUGAUUUGUUGCACACUGUUGAAGAACUGAAAGAACUCGGUUUCGAUGGCUCCACUUCCGCUUUUAGUAAGGCGUUUCUCGCGAAGAGAAGUGCCACUAAAGCGCAGUGGGAUGAGAAAGUUGAAACCUUUAAGAAAUGGGGCUUGUCUGAUGAACAGAUUCUUGAAACAUUUAAGAAGCAUCCUUUCUGUAUGCUGGUAUCGCCUCGGAAAAUCAAUGCAAUCAUGGAUUUUUGGGUUCACCACCUAGGUUUGGAUUCUUUGGACCUUGCCAGAGCUCCUGGAAUUCUUCAAUGCAGUCUCGAGAAGUGGAUUAUUCCUAGAGCUUCGGUUGUGCAGUUUCUUAUCUCGAAAGGCUUGCGACGGAAGGAUGCAGGCGUGUAUACGCCGUUUGUUGUAUCUGAGAAGUUGUUUGUGGAGAAGUUUGUGAAAGGCUUUGAGGAGCAUUCUUCUGAUCUCAUAAAGCUUUAUGAGGAAAAACUGAAUCUUGCAGAUGGUAGGAACGACAUUCAGCUGGUGUGA